UGCAGUUAGCGGACUUAUCAAUGACCCGACUAGUAAGGAAGAGGAGGAGGAGAAAAGUUUCAAGAGAAGGCGGAACAAGCACUGGCAACACUUUUAGCUUUGUCCUUUUUGGUUUUUUUAUACAAUGAAAAAAAGUUCCUUCUGACGAGUAGUUGCAAUGUUUCGAAUCUUCGUCACAAGAGCGUCCUUAAAGGCUGCUAGCGCUAACUUGAUACAUGACACCUGUACCAAACACUUGCACAGUAGCUGCGAUGUGGCUGUUGUGGGAGCCGGCAUCGUGGGCCUGGCCACUGCACGAGAGCUCAUCCUGCGACACCCGACCCUCACAUUCACCCUGCUGGAGAAGGAGAAAGAGCUCUCGGCGCACCAGAGCGGCCACAACAGUGGUGUGAUCCACAGCGGCAUCUACUACACGCCUGGCUCGCUCAAGGCUCGCUUGUGCGUGCGAGGCGCGGCGCUGGCCUAUGACUAUUGUGACAAGAAAGGACUGCCUUACAAGAAGUGUGGCAAGCUCAUCGUGGCGGUGGAACAGGAGGAAAUCCCUCGCCUCAAAGCUUUAUACGAGCGCGGUCUGAAGAACAGCGUACCGGGUCUCAGCAUCGUGGACGCCAAAGGAAUUCGAGAACGGGAGCCAUACUGCAAGGGCGUCAUGGCGCUGGACUCCCCCAACACGGGCAUCGUGGACUGGCGGCAGGUGGCGCUGCAGUACGGCAAAGAUUUCCAGGAGGCCGGCGGCAAGGUGGUCACCCAGUACGAAGUCAACGACAUUUCCGUGGUCAACGAGAGCCCGGCGGGAAGCGCCGAAGGACUCAAGCAUCCUAUCGUCAUCAGAGACAAGAAGGGCAACGAGGUGCACUGCCGCUACGUGCUGACCUGCGGGGGUCUCUACUCCGACCGCCUGUCGCAGAUCUCUGGGUGCAGCCGGGAGCCUCGCAUUGUGCCCUUCCGAGGCGACUAUCUGGUCCUCAAACCCGAGAAGCACUACCUGGUCAAAGGCAAUAUUUACCCCGUGCCUGAUCCUCGCUUCCCAUUCUUGGGUGUCCACUUCACGCCGCGCAUGGAUGGCAGCAUCUGGCUGGGACCCAAUGCCGUUCUGGCCUUCAAGAGGGAAGGGUACAAGAUCUACGACUUAAAUGUGAGAGACCUGGCAGACGCACUCUCCUUCAGAGGCCUUCAGAAGCUGGUUUUGAGGAACAUCUCGUACGGCAUCGGCGAGAUGUACCGAGGCAUUUUCAUCGGGGCGCAGGUCAAGAUCCUGCAAAAGUAUAUUCCCGAACUGUCUCGCAGCGACGUGCUCAGGGGUCCUGCCGGGGUGCGGGCGCAGGCGCUGGACCGUGACGGAAACCUGGUGGACGACUUUGUUUUCGACGGCGGCGUGGGUGACCUGGGCAGCCGCGUGUUGCAUGUGCGUAACGCCCCUUCGCCCGCUGCCACCUCCUCGCUCGCCAUCGCCGAAAUGGUCGCCGACGAGGUGGAGAACCGCUUUGCGCUUUAAACGCCGGCUUCUGGAUGCGGCAAUGAUGACAGCAUGGCCUUCAUUCAAGACCCUAAGGAGUGUUGCUCCCCAGACUUAAACCCUACAGAAAAUGCACUUUAAAAGCCAAAGAACAGACUCAAACAUCUCAGACACCUCUAAAAAAGAAUCCCUUCAUUUUCUCCCCAAUACAGUCACGGGUCGUUCACCAGCCAAUAACAGGGCACAUGACUGACGACCAUUUAACAAGGGUGAUAUGAUUAUACACCUUACACACAAACUGGUGCCUUGACAUACAUAUGCUUUUAUGUAAGAAAUUUAACCCCAAAAGAUGGUGGUAGUACAUUUUAUUACACAUAUGCAUCUCUCAGUUCAAAUGGAUUUGACAGUUUUUAUUUGAGGUGCAUUUUUUGGGUGGUGAAGGAGUCAGCAGAAAAACACCACUGGACUAUUUUCAGUCAUUUCAAAGAAAUUAUUGUACUAUACAAUGAAAUUAAAAUAAAAAAAAACGUGCCUUUAACAAUGCAAUUUGCUUUGGAUAUAAAGCGGUAUUUGAGCUUUAAAUAAACUUGUUGGGAUAUGUUUGCCACUCAUGAUGUUGCCGUAUGUCAUAUUUACAUGUACUCAGUUUAUCACUUGUUGCAGAUUUUAACACAAAUGUGUUUUUUUUUUUUUUGAAACGAUUAUUGUUUUUAUACAAUAAAGAUGUUUUUUGAA